AUGACCAAGAAAAGAAGGAAUAAUGGUCAUGCCGAAAAGGGCCGCGGCCACAUGCAGCCUAUUCACCGCACCCGCUGUGCCGGAUGCGUGCCCAGGGAUAAGGCCGUUAAGAAGUCCGUCAUUUGGAACAUCGUAGAGGCCGCAGCAGUCAGAGACAUUUCCGAAGCGAGCGUUUUCGACGCCUGUGUGCUUCCCAAGCUGUAUGUGAAGCUGCAUGACUGUGUGAGUUGUGCCAUUCACAGCAACGUAGUCAAGAGUCGUUCUCAGGAAGCCCGGAAGGACCGAACACCUCCACCCUGA